UAAUAGCAUUCAUUUGUGUUUUAGACGAAAGUUUGUGUGCUGGAGUCAAGUGAGCUAAAGACGAUUAACGAUUAAAUAUAAAUAUCUAUAGGCUACUUUUCACUUCUUUUGUAAGUACAAAAUCUAUUGAUUUUAAAAGUGUUUUUGUUAUUCAUAGCAGACCAGAUGAGAUAUGUUGUAUAGUAGUCUAUGGACAUUAACUACAGCUAGAAAGUGAAAGUAAGCCGGAUAGUACAGACCUGCACACUGCGUUUUCCCUUUCCAUAUACUCCCGAAUAAAAUCCAGCAAACUCCACCAUGUCCCUGCAUCAUUCCCUCGAGCGACACAGUAGAAAGCUAUUGCACGUAUACAAAGAUGAAACAAACUCAAAUGUGGACAUAUAUUUGUGUGAUAUUUGUAACUCUGAGUCAAUGCUCCGCUUGCAGAUGGCUCGGCAGAUACAGGAUGGUGAACGCCGAUUCUCUGACACUGCUUGAGAAAAUGGGUGGACAUCCUGGGGCUGUUAAGGUGCGGGUUCCAGGACACCUGUACAACUUGAUAGGAGAUGCUAAGGUGGAGGACCAGGUGAGGUUUCUUGUCUUGACCUUAGAUCAGAUCAUCAACCUCAUGGAUGCUAAAGAACACAUGAAUCCAGAGCAAUGGAAACUAGUGGAAUAUUUCCUAAAAGACCUGCACAGGCAGUCAUCUGAGCUCAAAGAAUGUGUGGCCCAAUACCAAAAGCCGUCACAUAUGGAGUCAUAUGAGAAAAAGAUAAUAAGGCACUUCAGGAUUUUAAAGAAGAGUUUAAAGAAAGAAAAAUAUAGUUCUCACGCAUGGGAGCAGAUCCGGAGAGCUGUGACAACCCACCUUCAGAGGAUGGAGAUCAUCGCAAACAACGCAAACAAGUCCCUGGCAAGAGUUUAACAGAUAACCAAUGACAGAAAAAGACCUAAUGACAGAAAAAAAAUUAUGACUAGUGGCACAUUCCAUAGAAUAAAAAAAUGCUGCAAACAAUGCCUUACAAACAAAAACUCAAGAAAAAGAAAAACAAUGUUACAAAUGUAUUUGUGUAUUCAGAUGUCUGUAUGUAAUUGCAAUGAAUGAAACCUAGAAUGUAAAUUAGAGUAGCUUAUUUUGACUAAUGGGCAGUGCUUUAAUACAGUGUU